AUGGCAACACCACUAACAUCUCACCUCCAAACUCUCCACCACUCUUUCUUCCACUCCGCCACGCGACACCCCUUUCUCCGCGCCGCCGGAACCGGCACCCUCCCACCCCGCAUCCUCUCAUCCUGGCUCUCCCAAGACCGUCUCUACGCGCAAUCCUACAUUCGCUUCAUCGGCUCCCUCCUGGCAAAACUCCGAUUACCCUCUCACAACCCCGACCCUGCGAAGUCAUCGCAUGCAACCGCGGAGGGGCGCGCGGUGGACGUACUGAUCGACGCGCUGGUGAAUAUCCGCAGGGAGUUAAAGUUCUUCGGUGAUGUUGCGGCGGAGUAUAAUUUUGAUCUUGAGGCAUUGCCGGUAGAUUUUGAGGCGGAGGAUGUUGGUGCGAAGGUGUUUGGGCCGAAUCCGAUAACGCAUGCGUAUAUCGAUCUGUUUAUGUCGGCUUCCAGCCCUGCGACGACUGUGUUGGAAGGGAUGGUUGUGCUUUGGGCGACGGAGAUUUGCUAUCUGCGGGCAUGGCAGUAUGCUUCUUCCUUAUCCUCUUCUGUUUCUUCGCCUCCUGAGAGAGAUCAAGACGGAGGCGCGCUUCGGAAACAGUUUAUUCCCAAUUGGACGGAUCCUGAGUUUGAGGCAUUUGUGCAUAAGAUUGGGGAUGUCGUUGAUGAGAUGGCGGGCUUGGUCAAAGGGAAUGAGUCGAGGGAGGAUGUUCUGGGGAGAUGUGCGUUUUGGUGGAGACAGGUAAUUUGGUUGGAGGAGAGGUUUUGGCCGGCUGUUGAACAAUCAUAA